AUGACAAGUAUUACUAAUAAUAAAUCCAAUCAAAGCAAAACGUUUGCUUCUUUAUAUGGAGUACUUUUAUAUAAAGAGAAGGAUAUAAUAGCAAUUCAAGAAAAACUUGGUAUUAAUAGUAAUACAUUAAAGCAAAUAGACCACGAGCCUGAUGGAAAAACACUCGCCGAUUCAUAUGAAUUGUUGUUAGAAUUGGUGGGAAAUUUAAUACCAAUUCAGGGGAAACUUGGUAUAAAUAUCAAUCCCGUUUUGGAAGCGGAACUUAGAAGGGAUAAAGCCUCUUCAGAUAAACCAAUUAGAUUAUUUGAUUUGCUUUUAUGCUUAGAAGACGAUAUAGCGACAAUUCAGGAAAAAAUCGGCAUUGUUGGCUAUACUAAUCAAGAAAUGGCGGAAGAAGCCGAUAAAAAUGCGAAAGCGUACCUCCGAAAGUUUGAGAAAUUCCACGGUCCCUUAGAAGAUGAUCCAGAUGACUGUAUACACUUUUUAAGAGAUAUUGAUAUCGAAAUAGAAGAUAUCCCUGAUUAUGAAUUUGAUGAAGAAGAAUGGUUAGAACACGUUAUCGAUUCCUUAUCUUAG